AUGGAGGACUUGGAUAGUGAAAGAAUGGCAGCUGCUGUCGGAGGCAGCCCUGAAAGCCUGGAUUUUGAUGCCACCUGUCUGUCUGUUGGAAGCUUCAGAGAAAACCGACCUGACCUCACACGCUUGCUGGUGCAGCCCAUCUCUGCCUCUCUUGUUGCCAGACUGCUUGCUUUACCCGAGGACAAGGACCAGACGCCUGCCUGCAGGUCUCUGCAGCUCCCAAGUCAUGAAAUCAGAAUCGUCACAAUGAAAGUUCAGACGGUCACUGAAUACAAGACACUCACCGAUGUUGUUGGUUAUCUCAAGGGAGCUUCGUUUCCUGAUCGGUACGUCAUUGUGGGCAGCCACCAUCACAGCCCUUAUGGUUACAGUGGACAAGAAUGGGCCAGUGGGACUGCCAUUAUUACAGCGUUUAUCCAGGCUUUGAUGUUAAAAGUGAAAAGAGGCUGGCGACCCGAUCGGACCAUCAUCUUUUCCUCAUGGGGAGGAACGACAUUUGGCAAUAUUGGCUCCUACGAAUGGGCAGAGGAUUUUAAGAAAGUGCUUCAGAGAAAUGUUGUGGCUUAUGUCAGCCUUCAUAAUCCCAUACGGGGUAACUCAAGCCUGCAUCCUGUAGCGUCUCCUUCUCUUCAACAACUGGUGGCGGAGAAAAAGAAUUUCAACUGCUCCAAGAGAACAAAGUGCCCAGAUGCCAACCUCAGUUCUGUGCAGAUGCAAGGGGAUGGGGAUUUCUUCAUCAACCACCUUGGGACCCCCAGCUUGCAAGUUGUCUAUGAGGACGUCAAAGCAUUAGAGGGUCCAAGCUUUCUUUCCGAGGCCCUUUUUCCUGUACGGGCUGCAGAAAUUGAAGAAUUGGAUCCUUUCUUCAACCUUCAUGAAACCAUUGCUAAGCUCUCAGGAGAAGUGAUUUUGCAAAUUGCCAAUGAUCCAGUUCUGCCCUUUAAUGCUCUGGAUAUAGCAUUAGAAGUUCAAAACAGCCUUAAAGGUGACCAAGCCCACAUGGUCCAGCUGCUGGAAAUGGCCUCCCGCCUGAGGGACAGCGCAGAAUUGUUCCAGUCAGAUGAGAUGCGCCCUGCUAAUGAUCCCAAGGAGAGAGCCCCCAUCCGAGUCAGGAUGCUGAACGACAUUCUCCAAGACCUGGAGAAGAAUUUCCUAGUGCAGCAGGUGCCUCCAGGUUUUUACCGAAACAUUCUAUACAGACUGGAUGAGAAGACCCACCAGUUUUCCAUACUCCAUGAAGUUUGGGAGCAAGACAAGUUACAUCUGUCAAAUGAGACCCUUCAAGCAGCCCUAUCCAAGGUGCUGAACAGCAUCAAUUCAGCUCAGGUUUACCUCAAAGCAGGACUUGAUGUAUUUGAGAGUGAGUUGUUGGGAAAGAACUGA